AUGGCUACCAGAAAAAUCCCGAAUCACCCAAACACAAAGCAGAAUAAUCUGAAGGGAAAGCAAAACUCCAUGGCCACCGCCACAAUACCUCACUUACCUGUCCUUGUAAUCCACCACGUCCUCCACUUCCUUCCCACAAAACAUGCCAUCCGCAUGAGCUCUCUUUGCAAGCAAUGGGCAGGGCUAUGGUCUUCAGUCCCAGUACUAGAUUUGGAAGAGGAGGACGAGCCACAUGAAAAGUUCAUCAAUUUUGUGGACAGGUGUUUGGAAAUUCUUGAGAAAUACGAGCAAUUAGACAAAUUCCGGCUUCGCAUGACGUUGAUUUCAGACGAAGACGAAGAGAAAGUUCUAGAGUGCUUGCGUUUUGCAGUUGAAAGAAGAGUCAAAGAGUUAGAUAUCGGCCUCAGCUUUAUACAACAGUUCCUUGUCGUUGGGUUUCUCUCGCCCCUUCUUAAUGCAAAGUCUAUAACUAGUUUGAAUUUGGAGAAUGUGAUCAUCGACGCGGACUGGGAUGAACCUAUAAUAAGCCUGCCCUCAUUGAAAACUCUGUCCCUAAAAACAGUGAGAUUCAAACCCGCGUCUUUUAUCUCCUCAUUGAUUUCAUGCUGCCCUUGCAUUCAGCAUUUGUCCGUAACUUCAUCUUCUUCCUCCGACUAUGAUAUAACUUCCACCGACUAUUGUACAAUAUUCAUGCAGACCCUUCUUGAUGCAAAGUCUUUAACUUCCUUGAAUCUAGAGUUCGUCGUAAUAGCGAAUGACCUUGAGAAGGGUCCUCCUAUAGGCCGCCUUCCCUGUUUGAAAACCAUGUCCCUCACAAAUGUGAACAUGUAUUAUGACGGGACUCUCGCCCAAUUAAUUUCAAGUAGCCCUUCCCUUGAGCAUUUGUCAGUAUCUAUAAGUUCCCCUCGUUAUUAUAAUUAUAGUCUACCUUCCUCCAGUCUCAAAUCCUUUGAAGUUAGAAUUUUCGAUUCAAAAGGAGUUUUCAAUUCAGACGUGGUUCGAGUCAUUGGAGCUAAGAGUCUUGAAUCUUGUACCUUGGUUUUAGAAUCUCCAAAGCAGAUUAAGCGUAUACUGUUCGAUCGUUGCGAAAACUUGAAACAUUUGAGCAUUCGUGCUCCGCAACUGCCAAACUUUACACUACAACUGCAUGGUUGCAAAAAUCUUGUGAAUGCCUCACUUGAUAUUCCAAAGUUGUAUUUUACUAGAAUCAGCUCCAAUGUUGAAUGGAGACAUUUUUAUUCACUGGCAAAUUAUCUUGGAAAAUUUCAAAGUUUCGAGAAUAUAUCACUAUAUGUUGAUGAUGCUGAGGCUCUUAUCUUCCCAAAAAAUAUGAGAAAGUUCUACGAUCCACCAUUACGUACUGUCAACACUCUUACAGUAUUCAUCAGUUCUCCAAGAGGUGCACAAGAUUCUAAGUUGAGGCACUCUUUGUUUUGGUUGGGACCUGAGUCUCUAUCAAUAAUAUACUCUGACCUUUAG